AGUCUUCGGAAUUAUUUUGGCGAAGGACUGAGAGCCACCUAACGUGUUUCCGUGCUCAACCCGGUGUGGAUGGAAGUUAGAGGUGAAUUUUAAGGCAUUUAAUCACUGCUGAAAAGGCGGAGAUAUGGCAUCACGGAGCUAUCGGGGCUGUAUUCUCUGUCAGAGGGUGGUUGUUGUGAAGAUGAUGUGCAGGGUGAGUGUUUUGCGAACUGCUCAACCCAAGAUCAUGACAGAUUUCCUAAAAGGAGUACCACACAAGAGGCACCCAGGUGUGACCAGCCUGAAAACUCUGCGACUUCCCGAGGAACUCCAGACAGCUGCACUGUCCAUAAUUCACAAAGCGCAGCUGCCUCAGCUGGCCGAACGCAGCCACAAACUCACAGACUUCCUCUGGAGCAGGAAACGAAAAGUCGAGGACUCGGCUCUGAGGAAGAAAGCUGUGGGCUUGGAGAAGGAGCUCUGGGAGAAGGCCAUGCAGAAGACAGAAGAUUUCGAUGAGCAAGUGCUGGAGGACCGCAUCAAGAGGAAAGUUAUCUCGGAGCUCAAAAGAACGACGUAUCGCUGGACUCCCAUGAAGUUUGAUGAAGAGCUGGCUGUGGUGUACAUGGCGGCUCGGCUCGCUGGAUGCUACGCAGCAGUGAGGAGAAGUCUGAAUGAGAUAAAGAAGAGGGAUCCUUCGUUUGCCCCUCAGACUCUUCUGGAUUUUGGUUCAGGACUGGGAACAGUUGUCUGGGCGUCACACUCGUAUUGGGGCGACUCCCUGAAGGAGAUGGUGUGUGUGGACAGCUCUGGGCCCAUGAACAUUUUAGCGGAACGACUUCUCAAAGGUGACGACGAUGCUGCUGAACCUCUUAUUAAGCACGUCUAUUUCAGACAGUUUCUCCCAGUCUCCCCCAAGGUGCAGUUUGACUUGGUGACUUCAGCUUUCACUCUGUCAGAAGUUCCCAACGCAAAAGACAGAGAAGAAGCAGUGGUCACUCUGUGGAGAAAGACCAGCUCGUAUCUGGUGCUGGUGGAAAAUGGGACCAAGGAGGGCCAUCAGAUGCUCAUGGAGGCCAGAGACACUUUGUUAAAUAAACGGGAGAAGGUCGUGUUCGACUCGAGACCAGCGUCGGUGUUCGCCCCGUGUCCUCAUGAGCUCUCGUGCCCUAAACUCUCCGGUGAGGUGAUCACACCCUGCAACUUCCCGCAGCUGUACAAUCCUCUACCUCUGCCCAAGCACAACCAGCAUCAGACGGAGAAGUUCAGCUACCUGAUCCUGAGGCGCACGGAGACGACGGAGCCGGAGAGCGAAGGCGUGGACUGGGCCCGGCUAAUCGCGCCGGUGCAGUGCAGGACGAGACACGUCCACUGUCGGAUGUGCGGCACCGACGGACAGCUGCAGCACGUGGUGGUGACGGCAAAAAAACACAGCAGAGACGUGUACCGCUGCGCUCGGAACAGUAGCUGGGGAGAUCAGGUGCCGAUGGUUCAGAAAGUGGAAGUGGAAGAGGAAGGCGAAGAAAGUGAUUCGGAGUGAUGAUCCAGCCAUGAAGACGCUCUUCUGUGGACAUAUUCAAGAGUGGAAAGAUCAUAAAGGGAUAAAACUUCCUUCCAGCUGAUAAGGAACUGACUCAUCUCACACUUAAUUGGUGGUUAUGACUUUUACUGUGUAACAACGUGUUUAUUAAUCGAUUUUUUAUUAAACUGUUACAUUUCCUCUUGCACAUGUUUCAGUGCUUUAGGUUCAAAUUCAGAGACUUUGUGGAUGAAUUUCAUCCUUUUAGUGUGGAAAAAAAAUGAAUGAAAUUCCAAAAGCAGCAUUGUUCCACAUGAUUAGUUACUGUAAUUGAAACCUGAAGUCAUGUGUUUGUGUGGGAGCGUUUACACUGCAGGGGAUAUUUUGGCCAAAAUAAAUGUGAUUCAAUGGUUCACAGAAACUGAGACGCAUCCAAGCUUUGUCCAGACCAACAGAGGGUAUGAACGUGACGUCACAGCUGGAUGAAAUCUCCAUGGUUACGACUACUGAGCGGCAAAAAGUGACAUUUGAUCGUGGAGAUUAGCAACGUUAGCUUGAACCGUAGGCUUUAAUUUCGUCUAAACUGUAAAAUUAUUAUUUUUUUAAAAAGGUGAAGAGCUGUUGUACGAUUGACUGAACCAACAGGUUUGAAUCUGAAUCUGCCAAAUAAAAGAGAAGUAAAUGGA